AAACCUUCUUAAUUAUCUCUUACUAUACAUUAAUUCUCUCUCUAUCUCUCUAUUAUUGUUUAUCUUUUUGUUCUUUUCCUGAGAGACAAGAAACAAAAAAAAUGGCAUCUGAAGUUUGUGAGGGUUUGGCUUUCAUCAAGGGGGAUGAUGGGUUGCAAAUCAAUGGUGCUCUUCUAAUGUCAUUGAUGGAAGAACCAUCACUAUGUGAUGAGGGUGAUGAUGAGAGAUUGGAUAGCUUGAUUAGGGCUUUUGAGGCUGAAAUUAGAGGAAGCAAUAAGAUGGAGGAGGACGAUGAUGAUUCAGCAUCAUCCACAGGUUUUGAAAAGUUUGAGAGGAAUGACAUGGAAGAGUGUGGAAGUGAAUCAUGGAAAAUGGAAGAAAUUGAUUGGGGUAAUUCAUCAAAUGAAUUUGGUGAUUUGAUGCCAUCAUACCCAUUUGAAGAUAGGAGUUGGUGUUUUGACCCUUGUGGAGAGGAACACUAUGUCUUCCCAAACAACUACAUGGGAGAUCAUAAUUACAAUUCCUUGUGGCAAGACAUGCCAUGCAAUUGAUGUCUUGUAAUAAUAAUUAGUUUCCAUGUUAACAUGUAAAUUCAUCCAUGUUGUAGCCCUCAAAAUGUUUUUAUAAAAAAAAAAUAGGAUGAGAUUUUCAGUAUGAGCAGAAGAAAGCUCUUUGGCAUGGCAAGCCCUCACUAGAUGUUGAAUUAACAAGCAAAGGAAUCUAAAGUAAUUGUUCAAUCA